GAACAAUCAUGUGACACAUCCACGUGCUAGAAAUCUGGUAAGAACAUAACUCUCGGACAGUGCGUGUCUCCAGACUAUUGCCACAAUGCGAGCCCUGCUGGUGUGUUCCUGUCUGCUCGUGUCCCUCGUCUGCAUCUCCGCUGACCUGCUGACCACGCUAACGAUGAUCCACAAGUCCCCUGCGUUCCACCAGCUUCCGCCUUCCGAGCAAUUGCUCCUGGUUGAACUUAUGUCCGAAGCUGCAGCUGACCAGCUACAUGCAUACGUCAGCCACAUUGGCAUGGACCGCCUCAUCGCCAUGAUGGCCCAUCUGCCCGAGCAUGAGGCUGGCCUCCUCUUGAAAUACCUGAAUGCGGAGCUUCAGCAGGAGGGUCACCAGGGCAACUAGCUACAGAAAGAGUUGGGUGAACAUUUCUUGCCAUGUCAAUAAAGACAAUCUUGAAACAUA